AUGCCACGAGCCCAAGACCUCGCAGCCGCCCUCCUCUCGACCACUGAACACUCCAUCAUCCCCUUGACGGCGAAGCAAGUGUCGCAGGGCUCGAAGCUGUUUGGAGCUGCGGUGCUGGACCGCGCCAGCCUGUCGACCGUGAUUGCCGAGACGAACAACGAACACGACUCGCCGCUCCUGCACGGCGAGAUCAACUGCAUCCAGCAGUUCUUCCGCCUCCCGAAGGAGAAGCGGCCGGAGACAAAGGACUGCAUCUUCUUCGCGACCCACGAGCCCUGCUCGCUGUGUCUGAGCGGCAUCACGUGGUCCGGCUUCAACGAGUUCUACUACAUGUUCACCUACGAGGACAGUAGGGACCUUUUUGCGAUCCCGUACGACAUCGACAUUCUGAAAUCCGUCUACCAGGUCCCCUCGCCAGGCGACACCGAGGAGACCCUGGCGGCCAAGCCGCUAUAUAACCGCACGAACAAGUUCUUCACGGCCCGGUCGCUGGCCGAGCUAAUUGACUCGGUCGAGGACGAGGAGGCGCGCGCGAAUCUGAAGAGUGAGCUAGAUCGCGUGAAGAAGAUGUACGACCAGCUCAGCGCGACGUACCAGGAGGGAAAGAAGAGCGGGGCGGCGACGAGCAGCUUCUUUCAAUAA